AUGUCAAGGAAUACUGUGGCAUUGAGCGCUCCUGAGGAAGAUUAUAUUUCUGUGCACAUCCGUGUCGUCGGUGACUUGACCGCUGCGCUCGCCAAAGCUGUCGGCUGUAACUUUGACUCUAAGGAUUCCAAGGAUGUCGACGCCAGUGGUGGAAAGGUUAUUGGCACGAACGCAAAUCCGCCGUUCAACCGGGACUUCUUAAAUUAUGAGACUGUUUUCCUUGUUGGUGCUGGUAUUGGUGUCACACCCUUUGCUUCUAUUCCGAAGUCGAUCUGGUACCGCAUGAACAACCUGAACAACUCCAAGCCUACCCGUCUCUCCAAGGUCUACUUCACUUGGGUCAUCCGCGACUUUGGCAGCGCCGAGUGGAUCAACAUCUACCUCACUGCAAAGAUCAAGGAGGAUGACAUGAACAACAUUAUAGUCCAAGAUGUCGGUGCAGAGAAAGACGCUAUCCCUUCUUUGCGUGCUCCCACUCAUUUCGGCAGGCCAAACUGGGACAGGGUGUUCGGUUCUAUAGUUGAAAAGCACCCCGAAACUGAUGUCGGUGUGGUUUGGAGAUAA